AUGAAUAAUGAUCGUUUGCCGGGGCAGAUAGAUGAUGAUGAUGACGAUAUUAUUCCAAAAAAAUUUGAUCAAGAUAAACUCACAUUAAAAGUAAUCAAAAGAGUUAUGAUUUUUAUGAAUCACACAACUAAACGUGAUGGAGAUAUAAGAGUUCAUCGAAGACCAGUGCCAACAGAUUUGAGUUAUCCAGAUGUUCCAUAUGGUUUUGAUAACAAAACAUUUCAUCCCGAUGAUGUUGAACCCAUUCCACGUCUUCCCAGUACUCAACCACUAAGAACUCUCAAAGUAAAUUCAAAUGAAAAGGUGCGGAAUAACGGUAAUAGUCCAAAUAACUCCAGACCCACGACGACCACUACAACCGUAUCUCGUCCACAAUCAACAAAUUCUAUGAAAACACCGUCCAUUCCAGCACAAGUACAAAUAUUGAGCGGUGUAACUGUUACGGAUAGUCUCGAUGAUGAAGAUAUUCCAUUAACAGAUGAUAUCACCACUGCAAAACACCGUUCACUCAAAAAAGCAAAUCAACGUCGUCGAGCGUUACAAAAUCAAACUUCUACGUUAUCUACUUCUUCUUUAUCACCACCAUCAUCACCAACGACAACGACAACAAAAACUUCUUCUACGAGUAAUAUCAAUAAUAAUAAAAAAUAUAUACGCUGCUUGAUUGUUGCUUCUAAUAAUCAUCAAAAUAAUAAUGCUUAUACAAGUGAAAAUGAAAAUAUUUAUGAUAAUCACCAUUUAGCUAAUAAUUCUAUAACUAACUCAGUUAAAUAUUUAAAUAAACAUAAAUCUACAUUAGGGACGACAAAUAAUCCACCACUAUCAUCAUCACAACAAAAUGGAGCACACAAUCGUAAAGAACGUAAAGAACGUCGACGCCGGCAUCAAGCCAAUGAAGAAAAUAGUAAAAGUCAGCAAAAUAAUAAUAAUAAUAAUAAUAAUAAUAAUAAUAGUAAUAAUGAUGAUUUCCAUCACCAACGAAAUAAUGAACAAAAUAAUCCUUCAUACGAAUCACUGCUUGUAGGAAAUUCGGAUUCAGAUGGUGAAAAAGAACCGCAACAAGUGAGACCAGUAGAUGAUGAAAGACAGUCGUUGAUGGAAAAUCCUAGUCCAUCAAUUGGCUUAGCAUUACGUAGUUUAUUUGAAUUAAUUACAGAAGAUUUAGAUAAAUUUGUUUAUCAACCAGCGCCAAAUGGUUUAGGCGAUAUUCAAUGUCGAAUAACGAGAGAUAAACGAGGCGUUGAAAAAGGCUUAUUUCCAACGUAUUAUAUGCAUGCUGAAAGACCAGAUGGAAAAAAAUUUUUUAUAUUAGCCGGUAGAAAACGUCGAAGAAGUGCAACAUCAAAUUAUUUGAUAUCAACUGAUGCUACAGAUUUAUCGCGUGAUGGUGAAAGAUUUAUAGGAAAAUUACGAGGCAAUAUGAUUGGCACACAAUUUACCGUUUAUGAUCAUGGUACUAAUCCAAAACGUGGCAUACCAGUAGAUGAGAGACGACGUGAAGUGGCAGCCAUUGAAACAAAUAUUUUAGGAUUUAAAGGACCGCGUAAGAUGACAAUUUUAAUACCAGGAAUGAGUAAAGAUCAUCAUCGUGUCGAAGUUAGACCAAGUACAGAACAAGAAAGUUUAUAUGAAAGAUGGAGACGUAAAGAUAUGGAAAAUAUCUUAGAACUCCACAAUAAAACACCUGUAUGGAAUGAAGAAACACAAUCCUAUGUAUUAAAUUUUCAUGGAAGAGUAACACAAGCAUCGGUUAAAAAUUUUCAAGUUGUUCAUGAUGACGAUCAAGACUAUGUUGUUAUGCAAUUUGGCCGUGUUUCAGAUGAUGUAUUUACAUGUGAUUAUAAAUAUCCAUUGUGUGCUGUUCAAGCAUUUGGUGUAGCAUUAAGUUCAUUUGAUGGAAAAUUGGCAUGUGAAUAA